CGUGUCGACGUCCAGGACCUCGUCGACCUCGUCACCCGGGCCGGGCCACGCGCCGGUGAGCGCGCGCUCGCUCGAGCAGGCCCUCGACGCCGGGCUGUGGGCGGCCGCGGCCUCGGCGGCGCCGGCUCCCCCCGCGCUGCAGAACAUUCGAGCGCAGAUCGCGAGGAGCCUGGAGCGGAUGCGCGAGCUGGAGGAGGAGGUUAAGAUGAUCCCCGUUCUCAAGGUGCAGCUGUCCGUCCUGCAGGAAGAAAAGCGCAAGAUGCUGCUGCAGAUCAAGCAGGUCACACCCAUCAAGCAGAACGGCAUAUCGCACUUUGACGUGCUGAAGAUCGAGGAGCCGGUGCGUUCCCGGGUGCGGCCCUCCAGCCUGGACGGGCUGCACGCCAACGGGCCUCCAGGACCGCCUGAGACGACGGCGACCUCCGGCCCGCCGGGGCCCAAGCGCCGCGCCACCCGCGACAUCGGGGUGGGGUGCACUGUGCUGACGAGGGACGUGGGGCUGAUGCCGCCGCCGCCCAGGCUGCGCACCGUGGCCGUGGGCACCGAGCCCGGGCCGCAGCGGGCGCCGUCACCGCGGCUCAGCCUCAGCGCGACCUGGACGGAGGACAUCCCCCAGGCCGCGGCCACGACGGCGGCCCGCGGCGUGCAGACCACCUCGGCCGCCAGCCACACCCGCGGCGUGCAGACGGACGCGGAGCCGCUGCCGCCGCCGGCCGCGGAGACCCGGGACGCGGGCGUGCAGGCGCAGCCCAUGCCUGUGCAGCGCACGCACGCGGGCGUGCUGGCGCGCACGCCCACGGCGGAGGCGGCCGUGUCGUGCGCGCCCAAGACGAGGGACGCGGCGUCCUCGGAGCACACGGUGGACGACGUGCUGUGCGCCAAGUGCAACGUGCGCAAGAGGACCGUCGGCGUGGACGCGGCGCCCUGGAGCGGGCCGGAGGCGGAGCAGGCCAAGCGCGUGUGCCUGAGCGCGCUCGGCGACGCGGCCUCGGCCCCCGAGCCCACGGCUCCCGCUGCCCCUGCCGUCCCCGCCAAGCCCAGGACUAGGACAGUGGGCUGCGGCACGGCGGGCGAUAGGAUCAACCCGUUUUCGGUGCACCGCGCCGUCAACACCGACCCGCCAACCGUGGCUGCCGUCAUCAACCGGGGCGUCAACACGGACGCCAUCCCCGCGCCCGUCAAGCCCACCACCGUGUCCAGGGGCACCACUGCCGACGUGCGGACGCCCAGCAGCUCCAGGGCCACCAACACGGACGCGCGCGCCGCGACGGCUGCCCGCGCCACCAACACGGAGCCGCGCUCGGCCACCAUGGCGCGGGCCACCAACACGGAGGCCCUGGCGCGGAGGGACGCCGGCACGGCCACCACCAGGAAGCAGCUCGUGGACGCGGGCGUCACGUGCAGCCUCGCCGACCCCAACGCGGCACAGCGGCUCCCGGCCGCGGACAAGUCCCCCUCCAGGGCGCCGUUCGGCGAGGAGCUCGCCCGGGGCGCGCCCACGCCCUCCCCGCCGCCCACGCUCAGCCCGCUGCCGCAGUCGCGCAUCCCCAGGCCCAGCUCCACGACGCCCACGUCGCCCGGGCCCCCGCCCCGGAGGCAGUUCAAGCGCCAGGACACGUACACCAAGGAGCCGGCGCCCGUCGUCGACAUCACCAACAAGUCACCCCCGCCGCGGAGGGCGCACGCCGAGACUCGGUCCGAGCCCAGCAAGGAGAUGCGCGCCGCUCUCAAGGUGCUGGACGACCACCUGCAGCUGCGGCAGACGCCGCCGUCCGCGCGGGCGGGCUCCGUGCCGCAGGAGCUGCGCAACGCCUUCAGCAUCGUCCAGCUGGAGUGGUUCAAGGUAUCGAGCACCAAAUCGGCCGACCCGCUCGAGGUGGAAGACUACCUGGACUACUUCGAGUACAAGUCGACGCCGCUUCUGGAGUACGUCAUUAACAUGACGGACAACAGCGGCAACACGGCUAUGCACUACGCGGUGUCGCACGGCAACUUCGAUGUAGUGUCGGUACUGCUGGACUCCAAGGUGUGCAACGUGGACGUGGUGAACACGGCGGGCUACACGAGCGUGAUGCUUGUGUCGCUGGCGCAGGUUCGCACCGAGACGCACCGCCACGUCGUGCGCCGGCUGUUCCACCUGGCCGACGUCAACCAGCGCGCCAAGCAGCACGGGCAGACGGCGCUGAUGCUGGCCGUGUCGCACGGCCGCCUGGACACGGUGCGGCUGCUGCUGGAGGCGGGCGCCGACGUCAACAUUCAGGACGAGGACGGCAGCACGGCGCUCAUGUGCGCCGCCGAGCACGGCCACCUGGACAUCCUCAAGGUGCUCCUGGCGCAACCCGACUGCGACGUGACCGUCGUCGACCACGACGGCAGCACGGCGCUGAGCAUCGCGAUGGAGGCCGGGCACCGGGACAUCGGCGUGCUGCUCUACGCGCAGGAGCACUUCUCCCGGGGCAGCUCGCCCUACAACUCGCUCAAGGGGCGGCGCGCGCGCAGCGUCACCCCCACGGCCAGGCCGCUGUCGGGCCACGGGCUGCCUGCCGCCCCCGGCGCGGCCCCGAGCACGCCGCCGCCCGUCCGGAGGACGGCCACCGCCCCCGGAAACACCGCCAAGAGCAAACCCUCCUAACACACUGGCUGUCGGCAGUGGCCGCGGUGGUGAGCUCGCGGCUGCUUGGGAGCAAUAUCAGAGGUUGCCAUCGUCGUCUCUCAUCAGUACUUCUGCUCACCUUGCAACAAUUGGUGGCUGGAGCGCCUAAGACCGGGAGAUACUUCAUCUAGUCGAUUAGCAAACAUCGUAAUGUGAGAUCACCCCUGGCCAAAACAAAGCGUCUUGUAUGCGGUGUGAUACCGUUUUAUAAAACGGUAUGAGCAUGUGUGAUUCUGCCACUGUAGCGCACAGCCGGCUCGUGUCCGGAGACCGAAAACAGAUCCUGACCCAUACACCCAUACAUGAAGCCUCCUCUCUCUCUCUCUCUCUCUCUCUCUCUCUCUCUCUCUCUCUCUCUCUAUCACACACACACGUUCCCAGUCGUAGCCACUUACUAACGCUACCCACCGGGCCCGUCCUGCCGUCCAUGUCAUUAAUCCCAGUUAACACGUUACCAUAUGUCAGAGACUAAUGUACCAGCGCUAAACCCAAGACUUGUGUAAUAAAAGACUUAUUUUAUGUAUUUAUUA